AUGGCUCUCAUCAACGUUCGCCGCGACGUCACCGACGCCUUCUAUCGUUAUAAGAUGGAGCGUCUGCAGACCAAGAUCGAGGGCAAAGGUAACGGCAUCAAGACCGUGGUGGUCAACCUGAGCAGCGUGGCUCAGUCCCUGGCUCGCCCCGGCGCCUACUUGAUCAAGUACUUUGGCUUCGAGCUCGGUGCUCAGACCAAUAUCGACCCUCCUGAUGAUCGCUGGAUCAUUAACGGUGCCCAUGACGCUGCCAAGCUCCAGGACUACCUGGACGGUUUCAUCUCCAAGUUUGUUCUUUGCAAGAAAUGCAAGAACCCUGAAACCGAUGUUAAUAUCAAGGAUGGUCGCAUCAUCCUCGAUUGCAAGGCUUGCGGUCAGCGCACUGAUGUCGAUCUGCGCUUGAAGCUCAGUGGCUUUAUCCUCAAGAACGCGCCCAAGAAGGGCAAGAAGGAUAAGGCUGAGCGAAAGGCCGCUCGCAAGGCCAAGCAGAACGGCGGCAACAAGGAGAACGGCAACGGAAGCGGCGGAGACGAAAACUCCGACAACUCUGGUGACAAGGACGUCGACGAUGCCAAUGUUGAAAUUGCUAGCGAUGAUGACGCUCUUACUCGUAAGAUCAAGACCGAGGCUCAGGAAAUCAAGCAUGAAGAGAUCGAAGUCAAGGACGACGACUGGGCUGUGGACAUGAGCGAGGAGGCCGUCAAGGCCCGCCAGCAGUCCCUGCCCGGCGAGUUCAAGCAGAAGCUUGUUCUCAACGGAGAUGACGAUGAUGAAGAGGGCGAAGGCGGUGGCAACACCGUCUAUGAUCAAUUGGGUGUCUGGAUUCAGGACCAGGCGGAGGAGAAGGGUAGCAUUGACAAGGUCGACGACAUCGAUAUCUAUGUUAAGGCUAAGGAAUUGGGCAUUGAGACUAAGCACCGCACCGUUCUUGUGCUCGUCCAGACCAUCUUCAAUGAGAACAUCCUCACGCAGAUCUCCAAGCGUGCCAGCAUGCUGAAGCAGAUCAUCACUUCUGAGCGUCAUGAGAAGGCCCUCCUUGGUGGAACUGAACGUCUGAUCGGUCAGCUCGCCAAGGAUCACCCAGACUUCUAUGAAAAGGUCGUCAAGAUUCUGCAGCUGUACUACCACCAUGACCUGAUCUCCGAGGAGGUUGUGACCAAGUGGGGAAGCAGGGCCAGCAAGAAGUAUGUCGACCUUGCUACUUCCAAGAAGGUCCGCAAGGCUGCGGAGCCGUUCCUCACCUGGCUCGCCGAGGCCUCCGAGGAAGAAUCUGACGACGACGAGUGA